AUGCCGAUUUGCCCAACCCAGCCGGUGGGCAGCGGCCAGCUGGCUUCUCCUGCCCCAUUUGAAGCAAUUAAGCAACAUGUAAGAUGUCAGAAAUGCUUGGAAUUUGGACAUUGGACUUAUGAAUGCACUGGAAAAAUAAAGUACCUACAUAGGCCUUCAAGAACAGCAGAACUAAAGAAAGCUUUAAAAGAAAAAGAAAACAGAUUGUUAUUACAACAAAGCAUUGGAGAAGCUAAUGUAGAAAGAAAGACCAAGAAGAAAAGGUCUAAGAGUGUAACCAGUUCCAGUAGCAAUAGCAGCGACAGUUCAGCCAGUGAUUCUUCAUCAGAGAGUGAAGAGACAUCUACCUCAUCUUCCUCAGAGGACAGUGACUCUGAUGAAAGCUCCUCCAGUUCAUCGUCUUCUGCUUCCUCCACAAGCUCCUCCUCAUCCUCUGAUUCAGACUCAGAUUCCAGCUCUUCCAGUAGUAGCAGCACCAGCACAGAUAGUAGUUCUGAUGAUGAACCACCAAAGAAGAAGAAAAAGAAAUAGAAUUGCUCCAUCCAUAUUGGACUAAUGGACUGAAAACAUUAAUGUGAUUCUCAGAAGGGAAUUCAGAAUGUGUUAUGGCCAAAUAGGUUAACUGGCCAACAUUUCUAGAGUUCAGGAGUUUCUAAAUGUUUUACAUUGUAAGAGCAUAAAAAGUAUUAAUAAUGGAUUAUAUAUAUAUAUAUAUAUACACACACACAUAUAUAUAUAUAUAAAGACUUUUUUAUUUUAGGGGUGAAUCUUGUUUUUCUUUUUUAUCUUUAAAAUAUAUCUCUAAAAUUAAUCAAAGCUGAAAUCUAGUAAAUCUGUUUUUGUGAUGAAACCUAUCUUUUCUCCCUGUGAAAUAAAUGCCAUACUCUGUUCCAUGUUAGUGCUGUGUAUCAGACAUUUUUCAGGACAAAGCAUCAUAAUACCUGGCAGUGAAUUUCUAAUGCUUUUGGCUGUAUGUUAUUAUGUGAGAUUUAAUACAUUAGAAACUUAGGAGUUUUCCUACUGUUACUAAAUGUGCUCUAUUUUUGUGUUUAUUUUUGGAAAGUUGUUCUGACUUCUUGUCCUAAAUGAAAAGUUCAAGAAACCUGUUAAUAAAUUUAUACCUUUUGGAUGGUACAAGUUUCAGGUUACUGUGUUUUAUCAUUCAUUUUCUUCUGGUUCUUAGAGUUACCCUUUUCUUAGGAAAGUGAUUCUAGAGGAACUUAAAAAAGAGCAAAAAUUCUGAAACUACAUAGGAGUGUAGUCUUGGUGCCUUUGGAUAAAUUCAAUGUGUCAGAAAAGAAAACAGUCAUUUAAAAAGCUAACUUAUGUAAAAGGGAUAUAAAUACUUUUGUGUGUCAAUACGCUAUAAAAGAUACCAUUCAAAGGGGUAGGAGGAAGAGAUGUAGUUUUUACAGAAAAUUAGAGUGAUGUUGGCUGCCUUUUACUAAAUUUUUUUAUAAAGUUUUCAUAAAGAUUGCCUUUUACCAUUUUGCAAUGUGGUAUGACUGUUUAUAUGGUAACUCAUCAUAUAUGAGUCUACUGCAUAAAUAUGAGUGACUUGGAUUAAUCUAGUGUGUUUACAUAGUAUAUACACAGUUGAAAUCUAGCAUGAAAGUUUAAAA